GGACAACAAAACAAAACGCUGCCUGAUUGCAACCGAUCUUGGCAUUCCAAUCGCGUUCGUUGUCCGUGCCGGUUCAGCUUCUCUGGGGUUCUCUCCCGAUUUCCGCCUGAUAACAGCAUUUAGGGUUCCAUCCUCAGUAUCAUCAUCAGUAUACAUAGGAAGAAGAGUGAGGUGUUCCUGGUGGCAGCUGUUGUUUUGUGUGGCUCACUGGUGCGCUGCUGGAGUGUUUGCUGGUUUGCUGGCAGAUGAUGAUGAUGUUGGGAAGAAGCUGCUCUUUGGAGUGAUGGUGGUUUGAUUUGGAAGUGCCAGCACAUGUGUGUAAUGUAAUACCCGCGCUCUUCCUCUGUGUCUGUUCUUGCGGGUGGACCCUGGUCAGCAGCAUCAGCAGGCAAGCAGAUUACAUUCGGUCAAGUGUGGGCCGUUUCUUUUCGAAGGCCGGGUUCUGGAAAAUAGUGGUUUUUGAAAUAGCAACUGUUGGUUAGGUGAUUCAUUGUGGUGAAUGAAGAUAGCAGCAUAGAGUGUUGUGAUACGAAGUUUGCCAGGUGCAUUGAUCGGAAGAGAUCAAAGUGAGAUUAGGAGAAUUCUGAAGUGAAUUGAUACGCAGAGAUGGUGUGGUACUGAUUGUGGCAAGUGUUGCCCAUUAAAAAGUAGUAAAAACGGUUUGUGACAGUUUUUUAACGACUUCGACCCAGUGCGGAUUAGCUCUCUGUGUUGGUGGGUGUGCUCGCUCGUGAAGCUUCCAAAGAUCAUCAUAAAAGCGUUCGGCUGAUUGAAGGCGUCUAAAUCCGUAUCUUCAUCGUUGACUGGAUAUAAAUAAACUCGAAAGAUGGCGCUAGACGCGAAAGCAAUCAAGGAGGAAAUACCUGACAAAGACACAUACGACACCAGCAGUCGCAAGGUGAAAGGUAAGGAGCAGUGUCGAACGCCAGACUCACCGGAAGGAGCGCGAGUGGUGGCGCCACGGUCGCCGAUUUCGCCUCAGGUGUCACAGCAUCACAGCAGCCUGGUGCCCCAGCCGAGAUCUGGCGGUGCUGGCAAUGGCGGCACUGGGUCAUCAUCACAAGUCGCAAGCCGCAACGGGAGCUCAUCGCCGCCGGGCGAGGCUCGAGUGCUGAACGGUAGCGGUGGAAGUGCCGGGGGCGGCGGCGGUGGUGGCGGAGGCGGAGGAGGUGGAGGCAGUUUGGGAUCGAUUACGCCUCCGCCUGUCAUCACUUCCGCUUCGGCAGUGGCAGCAGCAGCCGCCGCAGCGGCACAGCAGGACACAACCAAGCUGCUCAAGAUACGGCGCUUUCUUGGCGCACUGGUUCAGUUCGGACAGGAUACCAACGUGGACAUUGGGGACCGGGUACGGUCCCUGGUGCUGUCAUUGGCGAGCGGUGGUCUAACGGUAGAAGAGUUCCAAAUCGCCGUCCAGGAGGCGACCAACUUCCCCCUCCGCUCCAACGUGGUCCCAUUCCUCAAGUCACAUGUUCCGGUGCUACAACGGGAAAUCACCAUCCUCUCCAGAGCCAGCAAGCAGACUCCCUCGCAGUACGUCCGCUCCAAUGAAACCAGCGUGAUGGAGUACGUUCAGAAUCUCGCCGACACAGCCGAUAUCUUCCUCUCGCACGAAGGAUACAGCUCAUCGACGCCGAUCCCGACGCCCAGUGUCAACGGACUAGGACUGAAACGGCGGGCAUCCGAUAACUUAUACGAUACUCACCCAUCGGGAGCGCCGGAAUGGGCCGAUUACGUACUGCCUCCGAGCAAACGUCCCCACCCGUCGCUACUGUUGACGCCCGGAACGCCACAACUCUACACGGCGCAUCCGGCACUGUUCGAGUACCAGAACGGAGGACUUCACCCACAUUCCGAGGGCUUGCAUGCCUUACACCGGGACGAGCGCGACCUGCGGAUACCGUCCAGCGAGAGUCACCGACCGUCCAGAAUCCCUCCAGGUGGCGGCAGUGGCGGCGGAGGCACCAGUGGAUCUAAUAUCGCAGGCAACAGCAGUGUUAUUGGGGCUGCACCGACCAGCUCCGGUAGCGUAUCCGGAGGAGGUGGCGGCGAGGAGGAAUGGAAAAACAUUCACACCAUGCUGACGUGCAUAUCGGCAAUGGUGGAGAAAACCAAACGAGCUAUUUCGAUCCUACAGCAGCGGGGUAUCGAGACGCAUCAGGCCCGCGACCAUCAGGAUAACUCGAUGGCCGAUAUGAAGCGGCAGACGGAGGAGAAGAUCGCCGAGUUUCGGCGGAGUGCUGAAGAGUCGGUCAAUCAGGUCAAACGACAAGCGGUGAUCGAGAUUCAGCGGGCGGUGGCGGCAGCCGAGGCGCGGACCAUCGAAAUGUUCGCCCAGGAGCGGCUGAAAAUGGAGAAGAUGUUCGCCGAGAUUCACCGGAGCAGCACGGAUCCGGAUGCGGACGGCCCAAACGGUGGCAGCCAGAACGUUAGUACUCUUGCGUGCUGGAAUUGUGGUCGAAAAGCUAACGAGACGUGUUCGGGAUGCAACCUAGCCCGGUAUUGUGGAUCUUUCUGUCAGCACAAAGACUGGGAUCAGCACCAUCAGGUCUGCGGAACAUCCCGAGCGGAGAACGCCUUCCAGAAGCAUGCAGCCAGCGCUCGAGCUGCUCUAUCGUCACGUUCCACCACACCCCAGCAGUCCCAGAGCAGUAACAGUACAGCCAACGGGACAGCGGCCGUUGCAAAAUGACGGACUAAACCACUGAAGCCCAAGAAGAAGUAUCUAUGCUAGUCAAAUUAAAACAAACCCCACACGUUCAUGAGGCGGAGCAGCAGCAGAAGCAGCGAUAAGAGCUAACCAUUUCUUAUUUCACUGAACGGAUCAACGCAUCCAUCGUAAGUCAGGCUACUAUCUCUACUUUUUAUGCAAUAAGACUAGUGACAGUGCGUAGCCCGUAAGAUAGCUGGUUUCGGUUCCUUCAAUUAAUACUAGCCAAACACAUUGACUAUGACCUGCAUUUUAGAAACUUAGUUGACAAAUAUCCAAAUGAAAAGUGCAAUAUAUGAUUAUGAUACUAGGGGGAAACAAGAGAAAUGGGAGAAUUCAAUUAAUUCAAUUAGAGAAUACGUAGAUGUGGUAUUGAAAUAGCAGAGCAAACACUCAUUUAAGAUUGUUAGGUCGUUUACUCCAGAAGUAUCGAUAAAAAGUCCAAUAGUAGGUUUUCUUUUUCUUGAUGGAGUUACAUGAAAUCACCAGCAUAUCCGAAUGGACGCACGUGCUUGAAAGCGUUCUGCGCAGAAUCCACCUUUAUUCUCUUUUGAGUUGGUAUUAGUUAAAAGCACGUGCUUUUCUGUUUACCAAAUAGAUAUUCAUUGAUUCACCAGUUAGCAGAAGAAAUACAACCAUAGCUACGUUCGCAGUCAAUAGUAAUAGUCAGCCAAUAAAACGGUAAUUUACAUAGCAACAAGUUCCCUUCAAUAUUAUCAAUAGCAGUGUAGGAUGAUUUUUAAACUACAAACCAACCCAGAUAGCGAGGCUAGUAAACCAUAGACACAAGUACUCCAAAGAUUGACACACGUUCAUUAGAUUCUUAGUUCUGUAGAUGCACCACGCAAUGAUUACCAUUCGUUCAUAUCUUCAGUGUGGAAAACCUUAUCGAUAGCACAGUUACAACUUUUACCAGUAAACGUUGUUAAUUAUUUAUUUAUUGAAUAAUCUUAGUUUGUACAGUUAGAACAAACCGUGUGAGGGGAAACCUUCAUAUACUCUCGAUUUUACGUAAGAGUGAUUAGAUCACAGCAACUUGUCAGUCAUAAAUCUCAAACGAGGAAUUCUGUAGAUCAGUAACGAAAAAAUAAAAAUUGAUUCACAUUAAAAAAAAAGUAUUCAAAACAAACGAUGCAUUUUAGCUGUGAAUCUCACUAGUUGAGCGAAAAGUUUUUUCAAAACAAAUAGCAUUUCCAUAGUGGCCACCCAUCUGAGCAGAUUCCACUGUGUAAAUACAUGAUACCCUCAUCCCCUCCGUCGAGUUGCAUUGACCCCCAGGAAGCACACCGAAAAGUAAAAUCACAUUCACGUUCAAUCUCAUACACGAUGCAGCAGUGCAAAGCAAAUUACAUCUAGAUAUAUGAAUUUUGACAUAUUACACUAAACUCAGAAAAGAAUCGAAAAAUGGAAACCUUCAAACCCGAAGAACGGCAAAUAAAGUCUCGUUUAUUUCUAAAAAUACAUGAAAGUUCCAUUGAUUA